AUGGAGUACAACAACAAAUCCUCUUUGACAGAAUUCAUCCUUUUGGGUUUUUCCGAGUUUUAUCAUUAUCAGUUUUUACUAUUUACGUUUAUCUUAUUUACAUAUAUUGUUUGUAUUGCUGGAAAUAUGACUAUUAUUUUCCUGGUCAUAGUGAAACAUUCUCUCCAUAAGCCUAUGUAUUUUUUUAUAACUGUAUUUGCUGCUGAGGAAAUUUUGUUUGUGUCUGUUCCAAUCCCAAAGCUAUUAGCCAUCUCAAUAGCAAAUGAUAACAAAAUAUCUUUUCAGGGAUGUUUUCUACAGGUAUAUUCAUUUAUUGUCUUAGGUCAAGUGGAAAGUAUUUGCCUAAUAGUAAUGGCCUACGAUAGGCACCUGGCCAUUAACAAGCCACUCCAUUAUACCACCAUUAUGAAUCCGAUCCUCUGUUUACGAUUGGCCGUUUUCCCAUGGUUUAUUGGCUUUUUUAACUCUUUACUUGUAACACUGUGUACAUUAUAUUUAGAUUUCUGUGGUCCUAAUGAGAUCAACCAUUUCUUCUGUGAUUUGGCUCCGCUGCAGAGCUUGGCAUGUUCUGAUACAUACAUAAGCAGAACAGUGACAAUUGUAGGCGCCUCAAUAGGAACUGUUGUUCCAUUCAUGACAAUUGUUGGGCUUUAUACCAAAAUCAUCCUAACUGUAUCAAGGAUAAAAAGUUCUUCUGGCAAGCAUAAAGCAUUUUCCACCUGUUCAUCUCAUAUUAUCGUUGCAAUGUUAUUUUUCUUCACAGCAUUUAUGAUUUACCUUAGACCUAAUGACAACCUUUAUGACAAAUACUUUUCUCUUAUGUACACUGUUGUCACUCCAGUAUUUAACCCUUUUAUAUAUGCCUUAAGAAAUAGGGAGGUGAAAAAAGCUCUACGAAAUAACUUGAAUUUUAAAGCAAACUUGAAAACGACCUGUAGCAUUAGCGUAAUUGGCUAUGGCUAA